UUAAAGAAUUUAAAAAAUAAAUAAUUAAAAUCAAUAAAUCAUAUAAAAUUUUUCUCUGAGUAUCAAAAAAGGAAAUAAACAAGUUUAAUUAGAUAUCAAUAUAAAAAUUAGAAGAAAAUGAUGUAAUAAUAUACCUACGCAACUUUUACACAAAAAUAUAAAACUAAUCUUUGCAGACAUUGGCAAACAUCUGGAAAUUGCUAAAUUGGUGCAAAAUGUCACUUUGCUCAUGGUUAAGAAGAACUCAGAAAUCCAAAUGAUCCCAUCAAGGAUGCUACAGUGAUAGCUAAUGUUUUAAGUAAUCCUAUUCAAAUUCAAUCCUACAAAUCAAUUAGAUGCAAAUAUAACGAUAUUGGUGCAUGCAGAUAUGGAUAAGCUUGCUAUUUUUCUCAUGGUGAACCUUAAGUUCCUAGCUCAUCUAGCUAGAUUCAAUAAUAGUAAUUACUUUUAGCCCAACAAUACUAGGAAUUACUUGCAUAACAAUAAAUGUUGCAAAGUUAAGGAGGGUCUUCUGCUACUAGCUAGGGAUCUUUCGCAUCAGCAUCCACACAAGGAAGUUCUUAGGUUCAACAAUAAUAAAUGCAAUAAAACACAUCUUAUUAGUUGAGCCCUGAAUAAAAGAAGAAUAUUACUAUUGCCUAACUUUAACAUAUGCUUUAUGAAAUGAAUAAAAUGAAAUUAUAACCUGAACACGCCACUAUGGUCAAUCGUGCUUCAGAAAUUUUAUAAGCUUAAAAUAUUCCAGGUUGCUCUUAACUUUUAAAUGAAAUUAUCAACAGACCUGAUUGUCCUCUUGAUGAAAAGAGAUAGUUUGAAACUAUCAUCAACGAUGCUUAGUAACUAGCUUUAAAUUUAAUGUAACAAUUCCAAAUGUAGUCAUAAUUGGAAGCUGAAGAAGCUAGAAAGUAACUCAGCCAAUAAUUAUAACAAUCUUGA